AAAAUCAGGGUGUCCCACAGAUACUCCCCUGCUGUGGGGGAAUUUGGGGUUCCAGUUCUGAAAGUGUGUGUGUUAUGCUCUCCUGUGGCAAGACCCUGGGAUGUAGUACCUUGAACUCUGCAUGUCUUGGGAGGAAUUUUAAUCUUUAGUUCUUCCGUAAAACUUGAUUAUAAACUUUUCGCAACUGCACAAGGACUACAUAUCAAAAUUUUAGUCAGGUAGCUUUAACUAGAGCUCUUGACUUAGUGAGAGAUGAGGGCUCUCAUCUUUGCAAGCUCACUGUCCCAAGUGCUGAUGGGCUGUUCAGUUUCAGCGGGAGAAGGAAUGGCAUGAGAGAUGGGAAGCACCGUGUCUCUGGCCGUAUGCCCAUCUCCCGGAGGAGCUCAUGUGGCCUUGUCCUGUUUGACCUACUUGGAUGGAAACACUUGGCUUAGCUGAAUGGCUGUGUGCCCUGUCAUGUUGCCAGAUUCCUAGGCAGAUGUGUGGAUCCCUCUUCUUGUUGAAACUUUCUAAAUGCGUGGAUGUGACCGUACCAGUGCGAUGCCCAUGGGCAGGGAUUCUACUUCAUAUGGCCCUCCUCCACUAGGCCUGCCAUGACCGCUUUCUUCACGAGUGUCCCCAACUGGAUUCAAGAUGCAAAGCAGGAGGAGGAGGAGACGGGCUGGAAACUAGUGGCCAGACCCCGGGGCCGGGAGAGUGACAGCCCAGGGAAGUGCCAGUAUGAGUUGUCAGGAGCCUCCCUCCCCAGCGUGGACAAGCUGAGAGCAAACCCGGAGCUGAGGCCGUACUGCUGCCCGCAGCUGCACUGUGGCAAAGCCUUUGCCUCCAAGUACAAGCUGUACAGGCACCUGGCCACCCACUCGGCCCAGAAGCCCCACCAGUGCAUGUACUGUGAGAAGAUGUUCCACCGCAAGGACCACCUCCGCAACCACCUCCAGACGCACGACCCCAACAAAGAGGCCCUCCACUGCCCGGAGUGCGGCAAGAACUACAACACCAAGCUCGGCUACCGGCGCCACCUGGCCAUGCACGCCGCGGCCAGCGGCGACCUCAGCUGCAAGGUGUGCCUGCAGAUGUUUGAGAGCACCCACAUCCUCCUGGAGCACCUCAAGGCGCAUUCCCGGCGGCCCUCCGGCAGCAUGAAGGAGAAGAAGCACCCGUGCGACCAUUGCGACCGGCGCUUCUACACCCGCAAGGACGUGCGGAGGCACCUGGUGGUGCACACGGGCCGGAAGGACUUCCUGUGCCAGUACUGUGCCCAGCGCUUUGGCCGCAAAGACCACCUGACCAGGCACAUGAAGAAGAGCCACUCCCAGGAGCUGCUCAAGAUCAAGACGGAGCCGGUGGACAUGCUGGGCCUCCUGAGCUGCAGUUCUGCCGUGUCCGUGAAGGAAGAGCUCAGCCCUGUCCUGUGCAUGGCGUCCCGGGACGUGAUGAGCAGCAAGAGUUUCCCGGGGAUGCUGCCCAUGGGCAUGUAUGGAGCACAUGUUCCGGCCAUGCCCAGCUCAGGGAUGCCCCCUUCUCUGGUGCCCAACCCUCUGCCAAUGGGAAUGAGCUACCCCCUGGAGUCGUCCUCCCCACCACAGCCUCCCCCAAAGUUCCAGCUCGGAUCUACCUCAUACUUGCCUGACAAAAUACCCAAGACAGAGGUGGACAGCUGCUUGCCAGAGCUCCCUGGAGGCCUGUCCCUCAUGGCCGGAGAGCCUUCCUCAUCCUCUCCGCAGCCAGCCACCCUGGAGGAGACGCUGCUCUCCAAGAGCCCCGCUCUGCUUUCCGAAGCACUCUGUGCUGCUAACAUGGACUUCUCCCACCUGCUGGGCUUCCUUCCCUUGAACCUUCCUCCCUGCAACCCUCCGGUGUCGUCGGGGGGGCUGGUCAUGGGUUACUCGCAGGGGGAGACCCAGUCCCUCUUCACCGCUCUGCCCCCACAGGAGCCGUCAGGAGCCACGGCCUCCCUCGGCUUCGGAGCCCUUCAUUCAUUGCCCUCCGUCUUUUCUCCUGGCCUGGGUGCAAGCACCUUGCCACGUUUCCACCAGGCGUUCCAGUGAGGCAGCUGGAGAAAGCAGAGCUUCCCUGGGCACGUGCGGAUGGACGGGGCACUGCAAGCAGGCCUGGUGAACUGAAACUGUUGCCCACGUGUUUUGGUGCGCGUCCCAGUCCUGGACAGUGAGUAGAGUCGCAGGGAAAGAACUUCAGGUAUUUCUCCUCCUCUGUCCUUUCGUAAACCGGGAGCCCUGCGUCAUGCUGACCCUCACUGGGGCUCCCCGCCUCAUCCUGCGGUCGGAAGAGGUUGAAUUGGGCCCGUCCCGUGCUGGGGCCAGGGUUCUGUUCUGCAUUUCAGUAUCGCGAUAUGCAGGGCGGGCGGAGAUGACCCGCCUGGCCUCACACCCCGCUCCGCCUGUGCAGGUGGUUCUUCCCGCCGCCUGGGUGCCGAUUAAAUGCAUCCUCCUUUGGAGCCGCUUUGUAGAGACCUGUUCCCACAGAACUGCAUUUUUGUAAGCAGGGGUCCUUCCCUCACCGUUUCAAAUCAGGAAGUUCCAGAAACGCCGUCCACGUUUCUGGCAUAGCUAGCACACUGUUUACACAAUGAAAUCAGGCCACUCUGGUUUCACUUCACUACUUCUCCCAUUUCUUCCCCUGUGGGGAAAAUAGACUGACUUUGGAUUGCUUUGGCCUUGGCCAAGCGAGGCGAGCACUCUGGAUGUUUUCCCUCAGAUUCCAGCGCAGGCUGGUAGGACCCGGCAGCAUCACAGGCCGCGCUUGCGCCGCCGUGCUUGAGAGCAGUGUUUCCUCAAGCGCACGUGAGAUGAGGAAGGGCCUUUCCUGUUCUGGCGGGAGCUCGCUGUCGGGGUGGCUUGCACACCCACAGUACCUGUUUGGUGGUCAGGCCUGGCUUGGAGAGGGCGCUUGGUCCUGGCCAUUCAAGCACAACCUGGCUUGCUCCGGGGCAGGGCCCUCCCAGCCCAGGAGCACCAGGUCCUGAGAAGAGGUGGGUGGUUCGUGUCCUCCCCAUGCCUGCAAGGUGUCACUCAGGAAGCCCCCAGGCCAUGCGCUGAAGCGAAGGUGCCCACCUCUGGCAAUCCUGCCCACAGCACGUAACCGGCUAACCUCAGGCCGGGUGGGCCAAGCUUCGACAAGGAGCGGGCUGCGGCCUCACCCUUUGCCUCGGGGAAGUUUGGUGACUUCCAGGUGGCAAAUUUGAACCAAUGAUGUCUUUUCUGCAAUAGGCCUUCAGGCCCCAUUCCUGCAAUGUUGGCUCGCCACCGCGAGCUGCAGCUGUAUCACUGAGCCCUCGCAGAUCCCCCUCCAUCUCCCGGACGCCUUUGCCCCGCCUCUGGCAGGCUGCUCCCUCGCGCUGCCGCAGAAAGCCAGAUCCCGAACCCAGGCAGGAACAGAGCGCAGGAGGGAACAGAGCAUGGUGCGAUGCGGGCCCGCCUCACGCCCCGCAGCGGCAUUUGCCUGAUCUGGGGCAGUCCGUGCGCGCUUCGUCUUUCUAGCAGGUUGCUGGUGUCGGGAGGGCGAGGACUUGGCUGCACCGCAGGAGAACUGGGCUCUCCCAUGCCCAGCAAGCCGCUGCUCCGGCGUGUGCUGCCGCACCCCAGCAUUGGCCCCUCCGCUUCCUCUCGCUCGGCGCCCGCGGGCUCCUCGGCUUGCCUGUGUCUCCACGAAUACCUCGUAAUGAAGCUUCUCUGCUUCCCCGUUUGUCCGAACUCCCACGCUGUCCCUCGGUGGCGUCCUCUGGGGCCUGCCUGCUUGCGUCGCACUUCAGGGGGGUCUCCCCAAGCCCCAGAUAUGCACCUCUUUAUACCUCAUAUGCAGGGCAGGCAAUGCCUGAGGCGCCUCUUGCGGCUGCCUUUUGCCUACCCGGGAAUUCUAAGCCUACCUCUGCGCCGGUUCUUCCGGAGCAGCCCUUGGUUCCUCUGGAUCCCUUCCGUAAGUUGAUUCACAGGAGGUUUGCCUGCUCUCUCCUGCUGAGCCCAGCUUGCUUCAAGGGCUGGGCUCCCCCCACCGUGGCAUUUUGCAAGUGUGUGUGCGGGAGCCCCCGCCCGUUCCUUGCACACUUGGCUAGCCUUUCCCAGCGUGUUCCUUCAUAUCAGUCCAAUAUUUUGUAUAGAUCCUUACCUCAGCAAUUGCAUGUGGCAGUGAGUUCCACAAGCCAUGCUUCUUGACGUGUUUUAAGAUGUUGCCUUUCUGAUUUCAGUGAGUGCCUUGUGCUGGGUAACUAGAAGAGGUCCUAGGCUUCUCCUUAUCCUUCGGUGUGUUGGAUACCUCAGUUGCAUCUCCUGUUAAGCUCUUCCUCCAAAACGUGUUGCACAUUCUGUUUUUAUGCAAUGCUCAUCACACCCUACCUCGACAGUUCGAAGCAGGGUGGCUUCUCUCACCCUGGGAGCUCUUCUCUUGCCUACGUCCUUUGAUUGAUAAAGGAGACCCGUCAGGUUCCCGUUCCUAGGCUUCUGGAUGUUUGCCACCUUGACAUGUGUCUCUGUGUCAUUACCCAAGUGAAAAAUGCUUACUCCUUCAGAGCCAUCUCGGGCACCAAACUUAGUAUUCACACUUAUACCAAAAAUGGCUCUGCUAGAAAUUGGAGGAAACCGACAGGAGUUUUUCAAAGAUGUAAAUACGAGAUGGCCGCAUCAGCAGCUGCAAUCGGCCAGGCAGGUGGCAGUCUGGCGUCGUGUUUCUGAUGGAGACCAAAGCUGCGUGUUGCUGGAAGUCUGUAGUGCUAGGACCCCGUGGUUCAGUUAAAAGGGGGAGGGGGAGUUAGUGGCAGACUGUUCGUGGUCUUGAAAUCAAAAGUUUGUUUGUUUCGAGAGCAAACAAAGAAAGUGUACGUGGAAGUGCAAUGCUUCUCCAGCCUGAGCAGCAGAGAAAUGUGAAAAGCGGCUCUCUGGUAGCACUUCAAGGAGAAGGCAGUGGACGCAGAGGCCGGAGCGGCACUCGGUCCCGCGUUUCAGGGCCGUUCACCGGCCGUCGCUGUUCAGAGAGCGAGUGGCAGCGCUGCCCUGGUGUCAUUGCCCAUGACCUGCAUCCAUUUUUCUCUUGCUUUGUGCUCCACAUGAAGGAAGAAUUUGUGUUUUGCUUUUGGAAGGCAGUAAAAGGCCGGUGUGUUCUUGCUCAUACCUGCACAUCUGGCCUUUUAAAGAAGGGGGAGACAGAGGUGUGAGACUCCCUUUCUCAAAGCCAGGAAGCAGCAGUUGCCUGAGCUUUACUUAAAACAGUCCCCUGGUGAACGGGCCAGCAGGCAUCCAGGGAGGCCACCCGUUUUGUCUGCAGUGUAUAUAUAAAGUUUGCCAUCAAGUUCUUUGGUCAGGAUGCAUU